UCUCCAACUCUAAUCCCUGAGGAUUCACACCUGUUCAGAGCAUCAUUUUCUUUCAUCCUGGCUUCACUGAAACUCAUUUUUCAGCUAAACCAUCACAUGCAUGUUUUCAGAGGGCUGGGAUGGACAGUUUGAUCCAUGGUGCUGGUGACACUUCAGUCUUGGUGAGAUGUCCUUGAGUGGCAACACAACCCAGUCUUCUUUGUCAGCGUCACCUUUUCCUUUGAUCUUCAACAGCUCCACCCCUCCACAAUCCUCAGCUUGGGAGAAAGAGCGAGCCAGCCAUGGGUCUGUACAGGACUGGCCAGGGAAUGAGACCCAGCUCCUCUCAGACUUCGCCAUUCUGGAGCAUGAUGAGCAGUGCCACAUGUCUCCUGUUCUGACAGCAUGCCUUGUAGCCUGGUACAGUGUUACAAUGGUGCUAGGGUUGGUGGGCAACAUUGGCCUCAUUUGCAUCAUUGCCCGCCGCAGAGAAAAGGUCAAUGUCACCAGCAUUUUCAUCUGCAACCUGUCAUUCUCUGACAUUCUGGUAUGUGUCUUCUGCCUCCCUUUCACUGUCAUAUACACAAUCAUGGACCACUGGGUGUUUGGCUCGCUGUUAUGUCGCCUGGUGCCGUUCAUCCAGUGUGUCUCUGUGAGUGUGUCAGUGCUGUCUCUAGUGUUUAUCGCCUUAGAAAGGCACCAGCUUAUCAUUAACCCCUCUGGAUGGAAACCAAGUGUUCCUCAGGCCUACAUGGCAAUUGUUCUCAUUUGGAUACUGGCCUGCUUCACAUCUUUGCCUUUCUUAGCCUUUCAGCUGCUCACAAAUGAGCCCUAUACCAAUGUAAUCCUGCCCGUGUCAUCGGUACAUGACCAAGAUUUUCCUCAUGCUUAUCUCAACACAUCUCCUACUCAUACAUACAAAAACCUGUCUGCGCUUCAAAAUUCAUACCGUUCCCUCUUUUCUUACGUCCCCACCUCUUCACAUAUGGAAGCCUGUGUGGAACACUGGCCAUCCCAGGGUCACAGGGUCGCUUACACCACAUGGCUUCUGCUGUUCCAGUACUGUGGGCCACUGUUUUUGGUCCUGCUCUGUUAUGUUAGAGUUAUUGUGCGGCUCCGUCACCGCAAAGAAAUGUUGGACCGCGCCCGGACCCCCGAGUGCCAGCGCAUGACCCACAGCCGCCGGAUCAACAUCAUGCUGGUUGCUCUCAUAACAGUCUUUGCCCUUUGCUGGCUUCCGCUCACCAUCUUCAACGUGGUGUCAGACUGGAACCAGGAGGCUCUGCCCGUCUGUUACCACAACCUGCUGUUCUCCCUCUGCCACCUGCUGGCCAUGUCCUCCACCUGCAUUAACCCCGUCAUCUACGGAUUCCUGAACUCCAACUUUAGGCAAGAGGUGAGCGAGGUGCUCCUACACUGCCGCUGUUUCCCACUAGAGGAAGAGUGUGAGCAAUAUCCCAUGUCCACUGUGCACAUUGAAGUGUCCCAUACCUCUGUGCCUCUAACCUGCAGGAGCAACUCUGUGUGACACUGAUGCUUCAGCCUAAAGGAUCCUUCUUACGUAAACUGUACAGUUGUAAGACAAACUGUUGCUGUUUGUUCUUACUUUAAUGUCAAUAGAUCCAUUUAAAAAGCAGCUUAAAGCUAUUUAUUGUAAAUUUAUAUGUUUAAAAAAAAAGUUCACCACAAGUUUAUGUAAAAAAAAAAUCUAUGUUUUGUGUUAAAUAAAUAUUAACUGAACUUAAACUAGGACGAAACUGUACUUUUGUAUGAUACCAGUAUGUAACAUAACAUGGUGCAAUCAGUCAGCCCAGCAAGUCAUUGAAGCCUUGUUUCCACAACUUUGGCUCAACUCAACUUUGCUAUACUCAGUUUCUCAUUUCCACCUCAAUGUGCAUGGGGUCGUUAUAACAACGUCAUUGUUAUCUGACAAAGACAACAACGAUGGAGGACAUCGAAAGAGUGGUAUAAGUCUAUAAGUCUAUGGGUUUUUCUCAGACUUGGAAACCACGGUGUUGGUUUUUGUUGCUGGGUUUCACCUUUCCAUUUGCACCUAAUGACAAACCCUAAAAACAAGGUCGAGUCCAGUCAAACAGGUACUUGUAGAAAACAGGCAUUAGUCAUUGACGCAUUACUAUGAAACAGAUUCCCAAAGUGUGGGCUGGAGCCACAAUAGGCUGCGAGUGUACUACAGGUACAGAAAUUCCAUAAAAUGGAUUUAUUUAUUUAAAAAGUGAAUAAAAAUGAUAAGAUGCGGUUAGUUUGUUAUAUUACUUAUUAAUCCAACCUAUAUUUGCUUCUCUUGUAUUGAAGUUUAUAUCCCAGUAGCAGGUGGGUCCCAUAUUGACCAUAGUAUUUUACGUAUGACUUGGUAACUUUAGCAAUUUCUAGCCAAAAGCCUGUUUAUGUUUUUUGAAUAACAUUUUCAAGGAAAUACAUCUCUUUUUAUUGUAUUUUAAUUGAAGUGAAAUUUUAAAAUGGGUGUGCCCCAUGGGAUCUUCUAGUUUUUAAUUGGGCUGAAGCACUCUUGACUUUGGGAAUCGCUGCUAUAAACAAUGGUGGUGCGGAAAAAGCAAAACUUUUUGAGGAAUUUAAAGUAAGGGUUAAAAGAAAUAUCACGUCAAAAGAAAUGCACAACACCUAAGAAAAAAUCUCAACACACCCACUGGUAAAAUGCUGCCUGCAGUGGUGAAAAUUGUAGUCAACAUUUGCAUAACAAAAAAUACCUUUAAAGUGCAACGUUUUGUCAGUGGUUUAAAGUGAAGUGUUUCAUACCGUGUCUUACUAUGAGCAAACUGCAACUAUAAAGACACUGAAAAAGGAGGUGCAUUUAAUCUUAACUGUUGCUUUUUCAGAAUUUCAUGCUUCAUGCCAUAUACUAUCUUACUGUAUCCUGUUAUUAUGACAUAAAUCCAGCGGGUGUUAGCUUAACUGUGACUUAUAGAAUUACUGCCAGUUAAACAUUUUAACACUUUAAAUUUAUGCUGGAAUCAUAGAACAAAUCCAUAUUGCAGUAUUAUCAACACCUACAGUGGUGACCAGAGAUAAAGGGAAAACAGAAUGAAAGAGUGGAGGACCAUAGUAAAUGCUGAUAUAUUUAUAAGGCAUGAGUGGUCAUUUGACAGGUAUUGCAAUGUUUUAGAAGGACCAGUGUGGUUGGGGUUGUUCAGUUCAGGUGUCUCAAUGAGUCAUCAGACACCAAGAAUAGUCAUUAUUCGUUUUAUUUUUUGCACCUGUUUUCUGUGACAUGUCAAAACCUUUGCUGAAUCAUAUUACUUGUUUAUUAAGUAUAAAACAUGUGUGACCAUACUGUGGCCUUCAGACUCACCGGACCUCAAACCAACAAAAUGCCUAAAGUAAACUUUGAAGUGAUGUGUUACACGGUGGGACGGAAUGCCUCUCAUAAGGAUUCUACUCAUCCUUCCAUACACUUUCAGAGACUGUGAACUGUUCAGAGACUGUUUGUAACAGAGAUUGUUUCAGAGACUGUGCUACCAGUUGUGGUGGUAGCACAGGCCCUAAAUAUAAAUGUUCAUUUCAUUUAUCGUGGAACUGCACGGUGUGCCAUUUUGAGACAUAUUAGACGCUUAUGAAACAAACUGUUUUAUGAGAGACCCCCUGCCGUUGUAUUUCACGUAUUUCAGUACAAUUCAGUCUUUUAUAUUCAUAGUAUCAACCCUGUGAAAUUUCUGUCUUAGCUUUCAUGGUGAAUAAAACACAAGGAGGGUUUUGUUCUGUGAUUGAAGUGACAAAUAAAACUGAAACUUACUAACUUAUAUACAUUGUUAAAUUGCAGGCCUUAAUUUAUUUUUGAUGGGUUCAGUAAAUAUUGAAAUGCUUGGACAUCAAAUGUGCAUGGGCAUGAUUUAAACUACAUCAAAAUGUGUUAAAUAACUUGUUUCGUUGAGGCAGUAUGUUUAUGUUGUUGCAGUAAGUGCUAAGUUUUGCCUGCAUGUGGAUUACUUAAACGUGUCUUAUCUAGAGACUUACUUAUGUGUGAAUUUAAUAAAUUUAUAUUCCUUGAAAGCGUCACAACUAAUAUCUCAAAUAAAUGUCUGUUUUAACUUCGACUACAUUGCCAAAAGUAUU